AGUUUGCAAUACGUAGUUUUCUAGCUUUCUUGUUAUAAGCUCGUUCCCCUCAUGGAAAAGUUGGUUCUUAGAGUAUUUCUCUUAUUACUUACUUCAAUCCAAAGUUUUGCACAGCUAAAUUUGUGUAACCAAACUCCAUACCCUCAAUUAUGCAACUCACUUAUCACGUCAAAAGUUUUAGUUUCCUCACCACAAAGUAGCUUAGAAGUUCGCAAUAUUUUCCUCAAUAUCACCCUUGAUCAUGCCCAAAAGGUCCAUACACUGAUCUCGUCUAUGGACAUAAGUUCAUUCCAAGACUUAGCUAAAUUUGCAUGGGAAGAUUGUCUAGAACUUUACGAGGAUACCAUACAUCAGUUGAACCAAACAAUCUUAUUAUCUAAUGAUUUUACAACAAUACAAGAUAGUCAAACCUAUUUGAGUGCAGCUACUACCAACUAUGAGACAUGCAAAAAUGGAUUUGUCGAUCUCAAUGUAUCGACAAAUUUAGAAUUUUUUAUGUUCACUUCGUCCAAAUUUUCUCAAUUUCUUACUAAUGCACUUGCAAUAAAUGAAGCCAUCUCAACCACAUCAUUCAAGCCAUACACGCGGGAACGUGGUGGUGGAGGUAUAGGUGGCCGUGGUGGUAGUGGUGGUCGACGACUAUUAGCCAAUGGACUUCCGUCAUGGAUGUUGAAGGCUGAUCAUAAGCUACUCCAAACGUCCAUGCCAACCACAAAAGCAGACCUAGUGGUCGCCAAGGAUGGUACCGGGAAUUAUAAGACCAUAUCCGAAGCUAUAACUGCUGCAAAAAACCUAAGAAGUGGGACAAAGAGGUUUAUCAUAUACGUGAAAGCUGGUAUUUACAAAGAGAACGUUGUUAUUACAAACAAGAUGAAGAAUUUGAUGUUAAUUGGAGAUGGCAUUGAUGCCACAAUUGUGACUUGCAAUAAGAAUGUUCAGGAUGGUUCCACUACAUUUCGAUCUGCGACUUUUGCUAUUUCAGGGGAUGGCUUCAUAGCAAAAGACAUAACCUUUGAAAACACAGCCGGACCACAAAAGCACCAAGCGGUCGCACUUCGAUCCGGAUCCGACUACUCAAUAUUUUACCGUUGCAGCUUCAAAGGAUACCAAGACACCCUUUACGUCUAUUCCAAGCGUCAAUUUUACAAAGAAUGUGAUAUAUACGGUACUAUAGACUUUAUAUUUGGUAAUGCUGCUGCUAUACUCCAAAGUUGUAAUAUAUAUGUAAGAAAACCAAUGAACAAUCAAAUGAACACCAUCACAGCCCAAGGAAGAUCUGAUCCAAAUGAGAACACGGGCAUAGUGAUCCACGAUUCGAUCAUUAAGGCUGCCCAGGACCUUAAGCCGGUCCAAGGUUCGUUUCAAACCUUUCUUGGGCGACCGUGGAGGAUGUAUUCAAGGACUAUGAUAAUGAAGUCCCAUAUUGAUGGGUUGGUGGAUAUUGCUGGGUGGGCCCCGUGGAGCGGGGACUUUGCACUUAAGACGCUCUAUUAUGGGGAGUAUAUGAAUUAUGGUCCGGGUGCGGAUACUCAUGGCCGGGUUAAGUGGCCUGGGUACCAUGCUAUAAAAAGUCCGGUGGACGCAGAAAAAUUUACUGUUCGAAAUUUCUUGACAGGAGAUGAGUGGAUUCCAGGCACUGGAGUCCCAUUUACAUCUGGUCUGUGAUUAUCUUUCAAACAGUGUGUAAGUGUAUAUAUAUGAUAGUUGUAAUUGAUGUAUGGUACAUAACCUCCCCUCAAAAAAAAAAAAAAAUGUAUGGUAUAUAACCUAUCAAACAAAAUCAAAGAAAGACAUAAGUUCAUAUGGUGGUGUAUCGCCAAUUGUAAACGUACAUUAUAAUAAUAUACAAUACAGAGUACAAAGGUUUAUGUUUGACAGGGGCGGCUUUUAGCAUGUUCAACAUGUUUUAUGGAACAAGGCCCCUUA